GAGCGCAACAACUUCGUCUCUAAAAAGCCUGUUCGCCCCUUCUAGACGACAAUAAUAACAAGAAUCCCAAUGAAGAACCAAGAUUUCAAGACAUUGCAGAUAAGCUGUUUCCCCCUAGAAUUUGAUUCGAAUACAGAAUCUGCGACAAACCCAACUGCCAACGAAGCUGAAAGGUUGAGAUACAACAGAUCUGCAUUUCUGAUCUGCAUCUUCGAAGGCGAAGAUGGUGAUCUGCGCCUAAUUCUCACCGAUCGAUAUUCAACACUUUCCACUCACUCUUGUGAGAGAGAUGUUUCAUUGCCUGGUGGGAAGACAGAGAAAGGCGAUGCCAAUGUCACUGACACAGCGUUGAGAAAGGGUAUGGAGGACAGAGGCUUGGGCCUCUAG